GACACACACAAAAUGCUGGAGGGGCUCAGCAGACCAGGUAGCAUCUAUAGAAAGGAGCAAACAGUCGACACUCUGCGACUGACGAAGGGCCUCAGGCUGAAACGUCAACUGUUUACUCUUGUCCGUAGAUGCUGCCUGACGUGCUGAGCUCCUCCAGCACUUUGUGUGUGUGUGUUGCUUAGUAUUUCCAGCAUCCGCAGCCUGUCUUGUGUUUGCGAAACCACCCCCGGUGCUUAAUCAGCAACCCUUGAGUCACCACAAGGCAAUGUCAGACAGUUACCACGCUGGGUUCUUACGGCCGACCGUGUGACUAGGAGAGGGAGUGCAGUCAUAGUGCAAGUGCAUUGAUCACCACAACACAGGAAUAGUUCCUUUGGCCCAUCUAAUCCGUGCUGUUCUGUUAUUCUGCCUGGUGCCAUUGUCCUGCCCUGGACCAUGGCCCCCUUUCCCAUCCAUCUAUGUAUCUAAACUUUCAAAAUUGCAAUUGAACCCGCACCCGCCACGUCUGCUGGCAGCUCGUUCCGCUCUCGCACCACCCCCAGAUGAAGUUCUCCUUCGAUACUUCACCUUUUCCCUGUCGCCUCUGACUCGGUUCUACUCUCACCCCACUUCAGUGGGAAAGGCCUGCUUGCAUUAAGCCCUCUCAAGUUUGCCUGCCUCUAUCAAAUCUCCCCUCGUUUUCCCACGUCCGAACCUAUUCGACUUUCUGCCUCCAACUCGGGUCGUCAAGGCCCAGCAACACCCUUGUAAACUUUCACUGCACCCUUUCAAUUGUAUUGAUAUCUUUCCUGUCGGUAGGUGACCAGAACUGAGGACAAAACUCCAAAUUAGGCCGCACCAACAUCUUCAAAAUGAUGUCUGAACAUUUAUGAAAUGAUGCCCGAUUUAUGAAGGGCGCUGUGCUGAAAGAUCUCUUUACGACCCUUUCUAGCUUUCAUGAAAUUAUGGACCUGUAUUCCCAGAUCCCUCUGUUCUGCAACACUCCUAAUUGCCCUUCUGUUUGCCCCAUCGAAGUGCAGCACCUCCCACUUGUCUGUGUUAAUUUCCAUCUGGGCAGUGUAUCCUUUAUCUUACACAUAAGGCAAUGGCACUAUUAAAACUGGUCUUCAACUCCACGCCUCCCUCUCUUCCCUCCAGGUCCAAGCUUGUCGAUGAGCCUCCUCCCUGAGGAGAUUCCGACCCCUCCUGUUUGCUUUGAGUGAGUGUGCGAUUGAGUUUCCUUCUGACACUAGGGCAGAAGUGGACUGUUCAGCCCAGCAGCCGCCUGAUGCUGUUCACAUGACCACUUCCCUCCUCUUUCCCAGUUCCUCCACUCCCCGGUGUCCUUAAUCAUGUCCACUUAAUAAACACAAUGUGUUCUUUAUUAGACUCCAGUGUGGGCCAGUUCGACUGCGCUGUGCUCUGUGUUAAAAUCCAGUGUGUGGCCAUAAGGCAGCACUGUGCUCUGUACUUGGUUCCUGUGUGUCCGUUGCACACCGCACUGCGCUCUGUCUGUUGUGAGAAGGACUUCCUGACGUCGCCCAUGACCAGCAAUCUUUGACUUUUAACUUUCCAUCUCCCUGUCCUCUCUGCUGCCGGUGAAUCGUUCCCAACUCCCUGAUCCAUGGGUAGCGGUUGGUGGUAUGCUGUUACAGCUCGGCAAGUUCAAUUCUGCCGCUCUUCUGUAAGGAGCUUGUAUAAUCUCCGUGUGGCAAGCGUAGGCUCUCCUCUGGGUGUUGCCAUUUCCUCCCACACUCCAAAGAUUUCCGGUUGGUAGGUUAAUUGGUGAUUGUAAGUUGUCCUGUGGUUAGGCUAGUGUUAAAUCAGCGGAUUGUCCCGUGUUUGAGUCAGACUUAACCGGGGUUGUGGGGUCACUGGGCCUCGAAGGGCCAGAGGGGCCUGUUCUGCACUGCAUCCCUCAAUAAACACGAGCAAAUGCAUGUUGGACGUGCAGAGGAUAUAAUCAUGCGUAACAUUCAAUAAAACGUGCUGGAAACACUCAACACGUCAGGCAGCGUCUGUGGAGAGAGCCCCAGAGUUCACGUUCUGGCUCAGUGACAAUGUUUUACUUCAGGAUUCAAACACCUGUUAUAAUUUUGUGUCAUGAUAUUUUAAUUGUGCUGCUAUCAGUAGAUUAAAGUCCUGUUUUGCAAGUUCUGUGUGAGCCUGUAUUAGAGCAUUUGUCAAACAUGCCGUCUCAGGGGUGAGGAUGAAUCAGCAUCUGGGAGGGGGAAUUAAAAUCUGGCCAAGCAGUGCCACAAUAACCUCUCGCUUGGCCUCAGCAAGACCACAGAGGUGAUUACUGACUUCAGGAGGGGGAAAUCAGAGGUCGAUGUGCCAGUCCUCAUCGGGGGACCAGAGAUGGAGAGGGUCAGCACCCCAGUGUUAGUAUUUUAAAGGACCUAUCUCGGGGCCCAGCACACGAGUGCCAUUACGGAGAAAGCAUGGCAGCACCCCUACCUCCUUAGGAGUUUGUGAAGAUUCGGCGUGACAUCCAGAACUUUGACAAACUUCUACAGCAGUGCGGUGAUGCAUCAGUAUGGAAACACCAAUCUCCUUGAAAGGGAAAUCCUCCAGAAGAUUAUGGGUUUGGCACGUCUACACAUAACACUGUCGUAGGAAAGCAGCAUCCAUCAUCAGGGACACCCACCACCCGGGUCGUGCCUUCAUCUCAUUGCUAGAAGGCAUUGGAGCCCCAGAACCCUCACCAGCAGGCUCAGAAACAGUUACUACCCCUCAACCAGAUGGAAGACUUCACUUGGCCUUUCACUGAACUGUUCCCACAACCACUUACAAGGACUCUUUAUCUCAUUCUACUGGUAUUUUUUAUUAUUAUAUUUUUCUUCUUUAUUUGUGCAGUUUGAUGUCUUUUGCGCGCUGGUUGAACGCCCAAGCUGGUGUGCUUUUUCACUGAUACUAUUAAGGAUUUAUUGGGAAUGCUGAAGAUUUGCAUUAGCCGUCCUCAGCUCCGAGUCAACCUGCGCGUUCGCCUUUCGGGAAUCACGCCCAAAUCCCUUUACACUUCCGACUUCGGAACCUGCUGCCCGUUUGCAAAAGGAUCUGAACUUUCCCCUCCCGUGCGCCAGCGGAUUCUCAAUCCACGCCAGGACACUCCCCGGAAAAUCGAGUGUGAGGGUUUUUGUCCCGGGAACGAACGGGCGGCAGGUGACAGUGUGAUGUGCAGAGUCCGAAGACGACCGUGUGACAGAAGAGAGGUCAGUCGUAACGGGAAUGUCACGCCUCUCGGACCAACUGAGCCCUGGAAGUGUUUCCCCACCCCACUCUCCCAAAACCCUUUCUCUUUCUCUUUCGACUCGUCACGGGAGCUGGUCUCCGAUAAAAGCGCCCGGCCCAGACUGCAAGUGUCAGACCUCCACCCGCCGAGCCGAGAGCAGGGUCAGCCCUUCCAGUCCCGCCUGCAGGCUCUGAAAGGAAGCAACGAGAUCAGCUUUGCUCUGGGUCCCGUGGGGUGGAGGAUCGUUGUUUUCUGAACGUCGCCGGCGUCUCAUCGCUCGCUAUGGCUGCAUCAUUCUUUAGUCACCAGGACGACAAGGAUCCGAAAGCUGGUGACCUGAUAGAAAUUUUUCGGCCACUUUACCAGCACUGGGCACUGUACGUGGGGAAUGGUUAUGUCAUUCACCUGGCACCUCCUAGCGAGGUCUGCAACGCCGGGGCGAGCAGCAUCAUGUCUGUGUUCUCGGAGAAGGCCCACGUGAAAAGGGAGCUCUUACACGUCGUGGUGGGCGCAGACCGUUACCGGGUGAAUAAUAAACUGGACGACACCCGCUGUCCCAGGCCCAUCAACGUCAUCCUGAAGGAGGCUCAGCAGCAGAUAGGCUGCGAGAUGGACUAUAGCGUUCUCUCCGCAAACUGCGAGCACUUCGUCAUGGAACUGCGCUACGGGGUGUCCAGAUCUACUCAGGUUGAAGAUGCAGCUUUCUACUCUGCUGCUGGUGUCGGUAUUCUCGGCACUCUGGCGGUUUUUGGCUAUCACUUCAUGAAAUCACAGCAGAAGCAGAAGAAAUGAAGAAGCAGCUCUGUCUGGGUGUGGAAUUACACCCCUCCCUGGGGAACACCACUUUCUGCUGGUGCUCUAAGAUGGAGACACAGUCCUUGCCAUUCAAACCUUAAUUUCUCUCUCUCUCCCUGUUGCUCUCUGUCUCCCCCUCUCUCUCUCUCUGUCUCCCUCUCUCUCUCUCUCUGUUCCCCUCUCUCUCGUCUCUCUCUCUCCCUGUCUCUCUCUUCGUUCCUUUCUGCCUCUCUCCCCCCAUCACCCCCUCCGGAGUGUGGCAUGUUGGCCUUUACCAGUCAUGUGUAGGAUCGGAGUGUCCCAGGGACAGACAGGAUCGCCUGCCUGCUGGCAUGAACGUCGGGAUUUCUCUACUUACAGCAAUUUCUCCCAUCGCUCCUUUCCCUUCUCCCAUUCCCCGUUCUGGUUCGCCUCUCACCCCUUCUCCCCACCUCACCUGCCCAUCCUCUGGUUCCCCCAACUCCUUCCCUCUCUCCCCCGAUCCACUCUCUCCCCCGAUCCACUCUCUCCCCCGAUCCACUCUCUUCCCCGAUCCACUCUCUUCCUACUCUUCUUCAGCCCUUGACCCCUCCCACCCAUGACCAAGGCUUUUGGGGCGCACAUUCUGCCCUGUCUGUCCCCUACUUCAACCCCCCCGAACCCCACCCCACUCUGACUGGGUUUGAGAGGGAAACUCGAUCCGUCCUCUGCCUCCACUACCGGUGCAACAGUGGGCAUGGCGUGCGGCAUCUCACUGUCUCCGAAACGUACCACCAGAAUGCACCACCUUUCCUGCCGUGGGGGUGGGGGGGGAUUUAGAGGAGGCAGUGGCCUCCCCCCACCCACUCAAGGUGCAAUGAGACUACUGACAAUGAUAUUUUAAUUUAUAUGUUAUUUUAUGGGUGUGUAAAAAUGCAUAUGUAUAUGCAAUAAUAUUUAAUAAGAUUAAUGAAAGUCUGCAUUGAUAUAUAAACCUCAUCCCCUUGAUUAAACCUGCUUUCGAGCGUGUAAUAAAGCCAUUCGAAUUUUCAA